AUGGCGGACAGAUCCAUCAAGAAGCCAGUUGGGGUUAUAGAUGAAAUAUUGGUACAAGUAGGUAAGUUCAUGUUUCCUGCUGAUUUAGUUAUUCUGGAUUAUGCGGUUGAUAAAGAUAUUCCCAUCAUCUUGGGAAGACCCUUCCUUGCUACGGGCAGAGCGCUUAUGGAUUAUGAAAAGAAUGAAAUCAAGUUGCUAGUGAAUGAUGAAGAAGUGACUUUCCAAGCAAGUAAGGGGAUGAAGUUGCCAAGUGCUUAUGAGAAUAUAUCGGUUAUUAAUUCAUUUGAUGGGAUUGAUGAUGAUGUCGAACACAAAAUGAAAGAAGAAAGUUUGGGAGAAGCUCUUGCUGCUACUGGUGAACUUUGA